AUGUCCGAUCUGGAACGAACCAAAACUGGAGAAAGUGACCUCGAGCAAACCGUCCAACAGAACAAACAACUUUUCCAGCGAAGACUCCGCCUCAAACUUACGCAGCAGCAGCAGCGUAAAAAUAUCGACGGGAAAAAACUCGACCAGUUGAUGAAGGGAGACUCAUUUCAUGGCGCAGAUGACCGCAACAACAACGACGGCAACGCCAACAUGCAGAUGAUAGAGGUUAAUGUUGCCAGCAAAGUACGCAUCGUAAAUUCGAAAUCUGCUGAAACUGACAACACGACAAACAACUUCAACACACUACCAACUGUGACAAAACGAAAAAAUGUUUGCAAGAAUUGCACAGCAAAUGAUGAUAAUGACACAUUAAAAAUUGACGCAAACAACUACAACGUCGUCAGCGUCAACUCCAUCAACAACAACAUCAACAACAUCAACUCUACAAACUCCACCGCUAACAACAUCAACAAAAUCAACUCCAGCAACAACACCACUAACAACAUCAACAAUGUCAACUCCAGCAACAAUGUCAACAGGUCGUCGAGCAGAAAUUUACACAGAAAGCAGUGUUGCAAAAUGUUCAUGAUGUCCAGAUCCGUCAGUCCUGACGUUUUUAAUCAAACAAGUUUCGUCUCCCCAGAUAACAAAUGCACGACAAACAAUAACAACAACCCAAACAACAACAUUUUGUUAAAUUACAACAUCAACGACAAGGACAAAAUUUUACAUGUUAGCUGCAAAAACUUCGGCCACACUGAUAUGCGUUACAAAAACAGCAAUCAUGCAGCUCGAAGCAGCAGCAGUGUUAUCGAUAAAAAUAAAACUGAGCACGUGAGACGCCUCAUACGGAAGAUAUCUGACCCAACUAGCUGGAAGAAAAAGGAUUGCCACAAUAAUCAGAACCAUUGCACUGAAGAUGACGAUAACAAUGCUAACAAACGCAGUAAUUAUGAAUAUCUUCAGCCUUCUUUUAACAACAAACCUAAAAACGAUAUAAAAUGUCUUGACAGCGCUCAUUGCCUAGAAGAUGACCUCAAUUCAAAAACAGCUGCCAUAAAUAAGAAGCCUCCUGGUCAAAAACAUUCAAGUCUGAAACAGCGCAACAAGCCGUUGACUACUGAUCCAUUAUUUAAGCUUCAGACGACGUUGUUACGACUGCACAACAAAUUGAAUGAUGAAAAAAAUCAUAAUAAAUAUAUUUCACAGCAGUUAUUCAGUCAAGAAAAAAGUUUCCAAACGCUUCUUAGCAAACUUAACUCCCAACAUGAAAAAAGGUUCCUAAUUUUUAAAGAAAAAGUCGCUUGGCUAAUGGAAAAAUGUGAAGAUUUAACUCGAGAGAACAAGAUGUUGAGAGAUUUGUUGAACGAGCAAGAAGAAAAAAAUAAAGUGGAGAUGGAAAAGUUGGAAAAUGAAAUUGAGCAGUUGAAGAGUUCAAAAGAAGUCUGUACUUCCAACAAUGGAAGUUUUCUCAAAUCUGAAACGAAAUCUGAAACCAAUUCCAAUUGUCAGAAAAAAACAGUGAAGCCAGAGAAAAAAUUUCAGAUGUUUCCCGAUGAAGAUGACAUCAAAUGGAACAAUUUAUACAAAAUUUUAUUUGAAAUAAGUUAUCAAAAACUAACAGAACUUGAAAACUGGCAAAUAGAAAACAGAAUCAAAUCAACAAAUCGCUGGAAACUACUGCGAAAUAUGGAUAACAGCGAUGACAGAAAAAAAUUGGAAACAGUAGAAAAUGAAUACGAAACGACGAACGCAAUCAUUCUGAACCAAGAAAGAGCGUGCAGUGACUGCGAAACAACUCCAGACCCACCCGUAUCUAGUGAAAGAAGGACGAGUAGCUGUCCGGAUCUUCAACAGUUAAGAAACAGCGUCGAGUCCGGAUGUAGUUCAAAAGAAAAGAGGCACGCAGUUGCAAUGAACAGAAAUGAAUGCGAGUCUAAUAAUGACACUCGUGGGGAGCCAGCAAGCAUUCUAUGUAUUAAAAAAAUGGUAAAUUUAAGGAAGAUAAUUAAUUCGCACGGCGAUAGAGUUAACUCUUACUCAGCAGCAUCCCAUCAAAAUGAAAUAUUCCACCCACCACCAACAAAUUCGUCGCUGCCUGAGCAAAACACCAAGUUAACCGUGCCUAUUUUUGACGUAUUCUCCAGACAAAAGUUACAAUACAAACACGUGAAGCCAAGAUUUCCACGGAGAAACCAAUCCGAUCUAAACAACAGAAACAGCCCAACGAUUUCCGUCAAAUCGUGGUUGGAGAAUGACGUCAGCUCAUCCAACCUAUCACCACCAUCUUCAACGGGGGAAACUGCAGAUGUGGAAAGAGGUAGUCACAGUUCAACAUCAUCGCCGGAUAAUCCUAAUUGCCAUCACCCUUUCAUCAAAUUCAACAAAAAGGCGGUUGUUUCGAAUUUCGGGAGGCUCUGCCAGCGACGGAACGGACUGACGGGGUUACAGAUCACUUCAAAAGUUAAAGCGAUUUCUAAAAUCGAUAAAUCUAAUUUUAAUUUGUUACUGAACAAGAAGUAA